GGACCCAGCAUGAGCGAAUUUCCCUGUAAAAAACGUGAUGACUAUUUGGAAUGGCCUGAGUAUUUCAUGGCAGUGGCCUUCUUAUCGGCACAGAGGAGCAAAGAUCCAAAUUCCCAAGUGGGAGCCUGCAUCGUGAAUGCAGAAAACAAGAUUGUGGGCAUGGGGUUCAAUGGAAUGCCAAAUGGAUGCAGUGAUGACCUCUUGCCUUGGAGGAGGACAGCGGAGAGUAUACUGGAUACCAAAUACGCUUAGGUGUGCCACGCCGAGCUGAAUGCCAUUAUGAACAAAAACUCAGCCAACGUGAAAGGCUGUACCAUGUAUGUCGCCUUGUUCCCGUGUAAUGAAUGUGCUAAGCUCAUCAUCCAGGCCGGGAUAAAAGAAGUUAUUUUCAUGUCUGAUAAAUACCACGACAGCAAUGAGACAAUAGCCGCGAGGCUCAUGUUUGAAAUGGCCAGGGUUUCCUUCAGGAAAUUCACACCAAAGUGCAGCCAGAUUGUCAUUGACUUUGAUUCAAUUAACAGCAGACCAAGUCAGAAGCUCCAGUGA